AUGGUGUUCAGUAAGGAGCAGUCUCUCGUCCUUCCUCCUCAUCGGCCAUAUGACUGCGCCAUAGAUUUGCUCCCUGGCGCCCCUCUCCCCAGUAGCAGACUGUACAAUCUCUCUCGGCCCGAACGAGAGGCAAUGGAGGAAUACAUCCAGGACUCCUUGACAUCAGGACUCAUCCGACCCUCAUCCUCUCCCCUUGCUGCUGGUUUCCUCUUUGUGAAGAAAAAAGAUUCCUCUCUCCGUCCCUGCAUUGACUUCCCCAGACUCAAUGAGAUCACUAUAAAGAACAAAUAUUCCCUGCCACUCAUCAAUCCCUCCUUUGAACCUCUCUGCAAGGCCACCAUCUUUUCUAAACUGGACCUCCGGAAUGCCUAUCACCUGGUUCGCAUCCGGGAGGGGGACGAGUGGAAGACGGCCUUCAAAACACCCAUGGGCCACUUCGAAUACCUCGUCAUGCCCGCCGUCCGUGACUGGCCCACUCACUCCUCCCGCAAAGACCUCCAGCGAUUCCUCGGCUUCGCCAACUUUUACUGA